AUGGUGAUUCGGUCUUGGGAAAACCAAACAACCAUAGCAGAAUUUGUGCUUCGAGGAUUCUCUUCCAACAGGCAGUUAAAUAUUUCCCUGUUUGUGAUAUUUUUAGUUUUUUACAUCUUAACUGUCUCUGGAAAUAUCCUCAUUGUCCUGCUAGUUUUGAUCAACAACCACCUUCACACUCCCAUGUACUUUUUCCUGGUGAACUUGUCUUUUCUGGAGAUCUGGUAUACUUCCAACAUUGUCCCCAAAAUGUUGUCCAUUGUUAUAGCUGAACAAAAGGCUAUCUCUGUGGCUGGCUGCCUGGCUCAGUUCUACUUCUUUGGAUCCCUAGCAGCAACAGAGUGCCUUUUGCUGGCCGUAAUGUCAUACGACCGCUACCUGGCCAUCUGUCAACCUCUCCGCUACCCUGUCCUCAUGACUGGCCCACUCUGCAUCAAGCUGGCUGUCAGUUCCUGGCUCUGCUGCUUUCUCCUCACAGCAAUCACCAUGAUCCUACUGUCUAAACUAACCUUCUGCGGACCCAAUGAAAUUGAUCACUUCUUUUGUGACUUCACUCCUCUGGUGCAUCUCUCUUGCAUGGAUACCUCAUUGACCGAGACAAUUGCCUUUGCCACCUCUUCUGCAGUGACUCUGGUUCCAUUUCUUCUCAUCACAGCCUCCUACUCUUGCAUCCUUGCUGCUAUUCUGAGAAUCCCAUCUGGCACAGGCCGGCAAAAGGCCUUCUCCACCUGUUCCUCCCACCUCACUGUGGUCACAGUGUUUUAUGGGACACUGAUUGCCACAUACCUGGUGCCCUCAUCUAACUCUUCAAAACUCUUGCGCAAAGGGUUCUCUCUGCUCUAUACCAUCCUGACACCUAUGUUCAACCCAAUCAUUUAUAGCCUAAGAAAUAGAGAUAUUCAUGAAGCUCUGAAGAGGUGUUUGAGCAAAAAAUCAGGUUUCCUCAAAUAA